AAGCUCAAGGCCGGCCUGAACUGCAUAGCAAGACACUGUCUCAAAAAGACAAACAAAACAAAAAACAAAUGAAAGUAGCGGCGGCAGUAAACACCGACACAGGUUUGGCAUGAUGGCGCCAGGGUCUCGGCGCCUCUUGCAGUCACUGGAUAUCUACGUUUGAGGGUAUUUCGAUUUCCUUCCGGUUCUCCAAGAAUGCCACUGCCUUGCCUAGUGACUGCCAGAGUCGCAAUUUUGGCCUGAUAUUGUACCUCUGUCCCUGGUAUUGCAUCCUCACCUAUUUCCAUUCUAACGCGGUGGCCUUUACUGGGCUGUGCCUCGGGGGUACCCUGCAAGGACAGCGAGUGUAGGAGAAGCCAGAGAGCUGAACCCCUGCUGCGGGAUAUGAGUAGGAACCUGAGCUGGACCGAGCAGCUCGAUGCGCUUCUGAAGGCAACUGAUGGAAAAAUAGCCCGGAUGAAGCAGAGGCUGUAUGCCCUGGGGGUUUCCACCACAGGAGACCUGGCUGGAACCUGGAUUUCCCGUUGUUAUUUGCCUCCCCAAUUAGGAGCCCAAGCUCAACAGCCUUGGGCUCUAGACACUCCCCUUGUCCGAGAGAGUUUGAGCGAGGCUGAAGCCUAUAGACCAUCCUCUCUCUGGGAUGAAGUUACUGUUCUCCGAUCUCAAAUUCAGUCUCAGGCUCGGGUGACGGAGGCACUGAAGCAGGCUGUACAGGGCCUGCUGAAAGAUCAACAGCAGCAGAUGUACAAGAUCAGUGCCUGGAAGGUAUCAGGCCAGUUUCUUUUUUUCUUUAUACACACAGUUUUCUUUUGUUUUGAUGCUGGGAGUUGCUGCUGGGGGGCCUUAGGAGGGCGAGCCCAUCUCUUGGAGCAAUGGAUGGAGCAGCUGAGAAGGGAACUGCUGGACCUUCAGAUCCAGUUGCAGGAGUGGACCCACAUCCAGGCCAAGUGGAAUCAAGGCCAGGAAGUGCAGUACCCUCCCAAGUGCUGGGAUUACAGGCAGGUGCCACCACACCCAGCUAGGCCUUACCUUUUUGAGGCUUCUGAAAUCUUGGCAUUCUGGGAGAAUGAUGGCCUCCUCACUCUGGGUUUGUGGAUUAACUCUAGAAUGACACACUAUCACUCAUGUAGGCGGCAACUGCUGUGGAAGGAGUCUGAGAUUCUGUGGAAGGAACUAAAGUUGCUGCGGGACCAGCUCAGAAGGAGAGGUUUCAUCCUACCUGGGUUCGUGGUCUGGCGGAUGUUGGCGCAGCAGCAAAGUAGCCAAGAAGGCAAGGAUCACAUCCUGGAGGUUGCCAGAACAGAAGCCUGGGAUGACCCACAGGAGCAUGGCUUCAGGUCUUCUGUUCAUGUCUUCCAAUCUAAGCUGCCGCUGGCCACUGCCUUCAUCUUAUUUCUGUCUUCAUCUAGUUCUGAAGCCAGUUUUCCACAUAGUAACCGUAGCAGGGAACUUUUCUUUUUUGAUCUCCAGAGGAGCAUCCUUUCUAACCUCGAACCUAGCAGCUCUCGGCUCCAUCCCCAGAAUCUUGAGCAAGAUAACCUAUGCCUUCAGGACCCCAACAUGCUCCUGAGUGAGCGUGAGGAUGAGUGAACAGUAGGAUGAAGCCUUCUUUGCCCACCUUCCCACAAGCUUGUUUUUGGUAGCCUUCCUGUUCCCUUUGAUCCAUCUGGGAUGCGAUAUCUCCACUGAGACUGCCCACUGCCGACCUCUUCUCCCUCUCCAGCUACAAUAAAGUGGUUUAACUUUC